AUGUCUGGCUACGCAGGAGGCCACUAUGACGAUGGCUACGGCCAGCCAGGGGCCCACGGAGAUUCCUAUUACCAGGAUGACCACGGCCAGGCAUACUAUGACCACCAGGAUUAUGGCGAUGCUGGCUACUACGACCAAGGGUAUGACAACAAAAAGACGCGUCUUGUGGCGCCACCGAGAAGAUUCUCAAUGAAACAGGCCAUGGCUAACAGGGAUCAUCACAGUGGUUACUACGCAGGCGAUACUCACGGUGGUCAACAUGGAUACGCCGACGCCGCCUACUACGAGGGUGGCCACCACGACGAUUACUAUGGAGACCAGUACUACGAUCAGGGAGGAUAUGGCCGAGGCCGCCGUGGCCACGAUUCGGAGGAAGACUCGGAGACCUUUAGUGAUUUCACCAUGAGGUCUGAGACUGCCCGUGCGGCCGAUAUGGAUUAUUACGGCCGAGGAGAUGAGCGCUACAACAGCUACGGCUACGCGGACAGCCAGUACGGCGGUGGUCGUUACGGAUAUCGGCCGCCCUCCUCUCAAGUCUCCUACGGUGGAAACCGUUCAUCUGGUGCAUCGACCCCUGUUUAUGGCAUGGACUAUGCAAACGCGUUGCCGGCUGGCCAGCGUUCGCGAGAGCCUUAUCCGGCCUGGACUGCUGAUGCUCAGAUUCCCCUGUCCAAGGAGGAACUUGAGGAGAUCUUCUUGGAUCUGGUCGCCAAGUUUGGUUUCCAGCGGGAUAGCAUGCGGAACAUGUACGACCAUAUGAUGACGCUUCUCGAUUCUCGCGCUUCCCGUAUGACCCCCAACCAGGCACUGUUAUCGCUGCACGCCGACUACAUCGGUGGUCAUAAUGCAAACUACCGCCGCUGGUACUUCGCCGCCCACCUGGACCUUGACGACGCCGUUGGAUUUGCCAAUAUGAAGCUCGGCAAGGCGGACCGAAAGACCCGUAAGGCCCGCAAGGCUGCGCGCAAGGCCGCUCAAAAGAAUCCCGAGAAUGAGGAAGAGACCCUCGAGGCUCUCGAAGGAGACAACAGUUUGGAGGCUGCCGAGUACCGGUGGAAGUCGCGCAUGAACCGCAUGUCGCAACAUGACCGUGCCCGUCAAAUUGCUCUCUACUUGCUUAUUUGGGGUGAGGCCAACCAGGUCCGAUUCCUGCCGGAGUGCAUCUGCUUCAUCUUCAAAUGCGCCGAUGAUUACUACUCUUCUCCCGAGUGCCAGAACCGCGUCGAGCCCGUGGAAGAGUUCACAUAUCUUAACGACAUCAUCACGCCCCUUUACCAGUAUUGCCGUGACCAAGGUUACGAGAUCCUGGACGGCAAGUACGUCAAACGUGAGCGGGAUCACAAUCAGGUCAUUGGUUAUGAUGACAUGAACCAGCUGUUCUGGUAUCCGGAGGGUAUCGAGCGCAUCCACUUUGAGGACAAGACUCGCCUGGUCGACAUUCCGCCGGCCGAGCGUUGGCCCAAGCUCAAAGAUGUCCUCUGGGACAAGGCCUUCUUCAAGACCUACAAGGAGGUCCGCUCUUGGUUCCACAUGGUCACCAACUUCAACCGUAUCUGGAUCAUCCACUUGUGUUCUUUCUGGUUUUUCACGGCUUACAACGCUCCGACUCUCUACACUCCUGGCUACACCCAGCAAGGUGAUGAGAAGCCCCCGGCCUACAAGUAUCUUGCCGCGGUCGGUUUCGGUGGUGCACUCGCAGCUUUCAUUCAGAUUUUCGCUACCAUCUGUGAAUGGUUGUAUGUGCCCCGUCGCUGGGCCGGUGCCCAGCACCUCCGCAAGCGCUUUUUCUUCCUUCUGGCAGUCUUCAUUGUCAACUUAGUUCCCGGUGUUAUCAUCUUCGGUUUCAUCAAAAACUUCAAGCCGAACAUCAGGGAACCAGUUGGUCUUGCCAUUGGAAUUGUUCACUUCGUCGUCGCUCUCCUGACUGCGAUCUUCUUCGCCAUCCAGCCGCUGGGUGCGCUUUUCGGCAACUACAUGAAGAAGCAUGGUCGGCAGUAUGUGGCCAGUCAGACAUUCACGGCCAGUUUCCCGCGUCUUCAAGGCAACGAUAUGUGGAUGUCGUACGGUCUCUGGGUUUGCGUUUUUGGCGCUAAGCUGGCCGAGUCCUACUUCUUCCUGACUCUCUCGUUCAAGGAUCCCAUUCGAAUCCUCUCCCCUAUGACUAUUCAUCAGUGCACUGGUGUCGUCUGGGUUGAGAAUAAGCUUUGCCACAAACAGCCCCAGAUUCUUCUCGGUUUGAUGUUCUUCAUGGAUUUGACGCUCUUCUUCCUGGACAGUUAUCUGUGGUACAUUAUUUGCAACACCAUCUUCUCCGUCGCACGCUCAUUCUACCUCGGUGUCUCGAUCUGGUCUCCGUGGCGCAACAUCUUCUCCCGCCUGCCGAAGCGUAUUUACUCCAAGGUCCUGGCUACUACUGACAUGGAGAUCAAGUACAAGCCCAAGGUUCUGAUUUCGCAGGUCUGGAACGCCAUCAUCAUUUCCAUGUACCGCGAGCACCUUUUGGCCAUCGACCACGUGCAGAAGCUGCUUUACCACCAGGUUCCCUCCGAGCAGGAGGGGAAGCGUACUCUCCGUGCCCCGACUUUCUUCGUGUCUCAGGAAGAUCAGUCCUUCAAAACCGAAUUUUUCCCCAGCGGCAGUGAGGCUGAACGUCGUAUCUCCUUUUUCGCGCAGUCUCUGUCGACUCCUAUGCCCGAGCCUCUGCCCGUUGACAACAUGCCCACGUUCAGUGUUCUCAUCCCGCACUACAGUGAGAAAAUUCUCCUCUCUCUGCGCGAGAUUAUCCGUGAAGAUGAACCGUACUCGCGUGUCACUCUUCUCGAGUAUCUCAAGCAACUGCACCCCCACGAGUGGGAUUGCUUCGUCAAGGACACAAAGAUUCUGGCCGAUGAGACUUCCCAAAUGAACGGCGACUACGGUGAAAAGGGAGAGAAGGACGCGCAAAAGAGCAAGAUCGACGAUUUGCCCUUCUACUGCAUUGGUUUCAAGUCUGCCGCUCCUGAGUACACUCUCCGAACCCGUAUUUGGGCUUCGCUUCGCUCGCAGACCCUUUACCGCACUGUUUCUGGUUUCAUGAAUUACAGCCGUGCCAUUAAGCUUCUGUACCGUGUCGAGAACCCCGAGGUCGUUCAAAUGUUCGGAGGUAACUCUGAGAAGCUCGAGCGUGAGUUAGAGCGUAUGGCUCGUCGCAAGUUCCGCAUCUGUGUCUCAAUGCAGCGUUACGCCAAGUUCAACAAGGAUGAGCGUGAGAACACUGAAUUUCUUCUUCGUGCCUACCCCGACCUCCAGAUUGCCUACCUUGACGAAGAGCCGGCCGUCGCUGAGGGCGAGGAGCCCCGCCUCUACUCUGCUCUGAUCGAUGGUCACUGUGAACUGCUUGACAACGGCAUGCGCAAGCCCAAGUUCCGCAUCCAGCUCUCCGGCAACCCUAUCCUUGGUGACGGAAAGUCUGACAACCAGAACCACGCUAUCAUCUUCUACCGCGGCGAAUACAUCCAGUUGAUUGAUGCCAACCAGGACAACUACUUGGAAGAAUGCUUGAAGAUCCGCAGUGUCCUCGCUGAGUUUGAGGAACUGACCACGGACAACGUCUCGCCCUACACCCCCGGUAUCCCCCCCCUGACAGCCACCCCGUCGCCAUUCUCGGUGCCCGAGCAAACGUUCGGUACUCUGUUCGCUCGUACUCUCGCCCAGAUCGGCGGUAAGCUGCACUAUGGUCACCCUGAUUUCUUGAACGCAACCUUCAUGUGUACUCGUGGUGGUGUGUCCAAGGCCCAGAAGGGUCUUCACCUGAACGAGGAUAUCUACGCUGGUAUGAACGCUAUCCUCCGUGGUGGUCGCAUCAAGCACUGCGAGUAUUUCCAGUGUGGUAAGGGUCGUGAUCUCGGUUUCGGUUCCAUUCUCAACUUCACUACGAAGAUUGGUACUGGUAUGGGUGAACAGAUGCUGUCUCGCGAGUACUACUAUCUCGGUACCCAGCUGCCUCUUGAUCGCUUUCUGUCGUUCUACUAUGCUCACCCUGGUUUCCACCUUAACAACAUGUUCAUUAUGCUUUCUGUGCAGAUGUUCAUGCUUGUUCUGGUCAACCUGGGUGCUUUGAAACACGAGACCAUUACUUGCCGCUACAACUCCGACCUGCCAAUCACCGAUCCUCUGGAGCCUACCUUCUGUGCCGACCUCGUCCCCAUCAUCAACUGGGUCAACCGUUGUGUGAUCUCGAUUUUCAUUGUUUUCUUCAUUUCCUUCGUGCCUCUGGGUGUUCAGGAAUUGACUGAGCGCGGUGUUUGGCGCAUGGCUACCCGUCUGGCUAAGCACUUCGGUUCCUUCUCCUUCAUGUUCGAGGUGUUCGUCUGCCAAAUCUAUGCCCAUGCCGUCCACCAGAACUUGUCGUUCGGUGGUGCCCGCUACAUCGGUACUGGUCGUGGUUUCGCCACUGCUCGCAUUCCUUUCGGUGUGCUGUACUCCCGUUUCGCUGGACCCUCGAUCUACGCCGGUGCUCGCCUGCUCCUCAUGCUGCUUUUCUCCACAUCCACUGUGUGGACACCUGCGCUCAUCUGGUUCUGGGUCUCUCUGCUUGCUCUGAUUGUUUCGCCCUUCCUGUUCAACCCUCACCAGUUCGCCUGGAACGAUUUCUUCAUUGAUUAUCGUGACUACCUCCGUUGGCUGUCGCGGGGUAACUCCCGGUCCCACGCUUCCUCCUGGAUCGGAUUCUGCCGUCUGUCUCGUACCCGUAUCACUGGUUACAAGCGCAAGCUGCUCGGAGUUCCAUCGGAGAAGGGCUCUGGCGAUGUCCCCCGGGCACGCAUCACCAACAUCUUCUUCAGUGAAAUCGUCGCCCCGCUCGUUGUGCUGGCCGCUACAUUCGUGCCGUACCUGUACAUCAACUCGCGCACCAUGUUCAGUGACAACCCCAAGUUCGCCCCCAACGCCAUUGCGCGUAUUGUCAUUGUUGCCCUCGCCCCAGUCGGUAUUAAUGCUGGUGUUGCCGGUAUGUUCUUCGGCAUGGCUUGCUGUAUGGGUCCUAUCUUCAGCAUGUGCUGUAAGAAAUUUGGCGCCGUUCUCGCUGCCAUUGCCCACGCCAUCGCGGUCAUCGUCCUGCUUGUCUUCUUCGAGGUUCUGUUCCUCCUGGAGGCGUUCAACUGGGCUCGUACUGUUUCCGGUUUGAUUGCUAUGAUGGCAAUCCAGCGGUUCGUGUACAAGUUGAUUAUCUCGCUUGCUCUCACCAGAGAAUUCAAGCAUGAUCAGUCCAACAUCGCAUGGUGGACCGGUAAAUGGUACAACAUGGGUUGGCACUCGAUGUCCCAGCCCGGCCGUGAGUUCCUCUGCAAGAUUACCGAACUCGGCUACUUCGCCGCCGAUUUCGUGCUGGGCCACAUCAUCUUGUUCUUCAUGCUUCCCGUCCUUGCCAUCCCUUACGUUGACAAGUUCCACUCCGUCAUCUUGUUCUGGCUCCGUCCCAGUCGCCAAAUUCGCCCUCCUAUCUACUCCCUCAAGCAAUCCAAGCUCCGCAAGAGACGUGUGGUCCGGUUUGCCAUUCUCUACUUCACGAUGCUUGUUCUUUUCGUCGUUCUUCUUGCCGCCCCUCUCAUCGUCAAGUCGAUGGGCAAGGAGGUCACCAUCAACAAGGCGCUCUGGAAACAAAUCGGUGUCAGCGAUCAGGUCAGCUCGAACACGAUGUUCCUUCUGCAGCCUGUGGACAAGGGCCUCAACGAUACCGUCGACUACUACACUGGCAGCAGUCUUCCCGUGGGCUUUAGCGCAUCCUCGGCCGCCAAUCCUUCAAAAUCUGGCGACUGGACCGAUUACAAGCUGCUGAUCUGA